UUUUACUAUACUAUACUUUCUUAAAUAUAUGUAAUUAAAAAAUUUUACACAUUUUAUUCUAUUUAAUACGCAAUGGAUUUCAUAAAGAUAUCGUAAAACAAGUUUAUUGAGAAGAAUACACUGUACAAUUCAGAAAAAGUAAAAGAAUUUUUUUGCCCAAGUCCACAAACGUAAAGCUUACUGUAAAAAAAUUUAAUUUUGCAAAAAAAUUGUUUAACUUCUUUUGUACAUUUACAUAACAUUACCACUUCUACAUCUACCUUUUAGACAUUUUUUUUGUAUAAAAGUGUGAAACUCAUUGUCAGUAUAUUAUUUUAAAUAGAAUGAAAUUGAAUAUCUACUAGACAUCGAUAGACAUAGUUUAUUGUAAUUUAAUUAGUUUUUGUAAUUUAUAUCUUGAUUAUAAGUAAAUCAUGUAUAUUUAUAUUUUAAAAAAAGGAAGUGUCAAAGCUUAUCGAAUGUUCAAAUUUAAGCGCUUUUGGAUCUUAAAAUGGCGAUAGUUUUGACGACAGGAAUGAUUUUCUUGUACACAUCCGUCUCUUUGUAAAGUUUCGUCGAUGAUCUCUUAAACGUACUUCCCACUUUAAUUCAUUCAAUUCAAAUUCAAACCGUAACCAGAAACCCAAAGACCUAAAAGGAGGAAGAAGGAGAGGAAAUUAAAUUAUAUUGAUAAAAUGGAACAUUUGAAUAAAAUCUUGCAGUCGCAUGUUCGAGCCAGCAAAGUUAGAUUGUCAUACGUGGACGAAAUAUUUCCGGAUUUCAAGGAUAAUCCGUACAUGGUCUUACACAAAAAUGUACCCAGCGUGCGGCAUCUCUCAGAUCACAAGAGCGAAGGCAGCCUCAACGAUUACUCAUCGAAACACGAUGUCAGCGGUUCGCCUCUGGAGUACUCGUUCGGCACCUUGAACCUUGAAGAUACCAUUCUUAUAACGAAGCAAAAUUGGCGAAAGGAGGAAGAGUUGUAUUUGCCACUGAGCAGAAUAGAUGCGAUUACCGCUGUGAAUACAUGUCUGGAACAUCUUGAUAUUAUUAGUUUGCCAAUAUUGGCUCUCUGUGAUGGAAGAGAUCCUAAGCAAACUAGGCUUAUUGGUGCAGUCUUCUCCCAAGAUUGGUUUACUACAAUGACAGCUGUUUCUACUGGUGUGACAAGUUUGGCUACAGUAAGAAACAAAUGUCACAAAAUUGUGCAGGAGCAUCUCAAGCAGCCGUUUACACAAGAACAUAAUAUUAAAACAUCCAUGUUUAGUGUUGUUGACUUAUUUGGGAUAAAACAAGAAAUGAUUGAUUGGGACAAGACUGCCAAGUGUGAUUUUGAAGGCAGCAUAAAUGUUGAAAUGCAUUCGGAUAGCUUGGAUUCAAGGCUGUCAAAAAGUAUCUUGAUAGCACAAAUAAACGCUGGAUGGAAGGACAGUCCUUUGAAAGAACUGAAGGACCAGCUACUGUUAUUAAUCCAAUAUUUAUCAGCGAUAGACGAGUGCAAGAAAAAUAUUGGAUUGCAAAAUCCCAUAAAAUUCACGUCAUAUUCAGAAGAAAACGACGUUGUAAUUGAAAAAUUAAAUCUCUUGUUGAGCGGAGAUUUCAGUUUUCUAAAGUUCGAUAAUAGUGAUAUCAAGAAGAGCAAUCAUAGUAACAAAGAGAAUGCUGAAUUUGACGCAAAACUGCGGGAACGUGUACAACAUGUUUCUCUGAGACAUGAUACAGAUUUUACCGAUCUUUUAUGGGAAAUACUUUCGAAGGCUGCAGCAUAUCCACAAAUGAUAAACUAUCUUGAAACAAUUUUAAAGGAAAUUCUUGAGCAUAAAUGUACACCACAGAUCAACGACACAAAUUCAACGAGAUUUGCGAAAUGUAUUUCCACUUUGCAUCAUCAAGAAACAAUAUCCCAUUUACUAACGGGAAGUGUUCCAUUGGAACUUGUCGUAGAUAUGGGAUUUGAAAAGCUUACCCGAGAUUAUUUGUACAUCCUGAGAGGAGCGCGACUUGUUGAUCUGCACGAUAUUCGGCAAAAACUAAACGAUAUAUCUUCCAGAAUUUUUAAUACAGAGAAUUAUAGGAGUAAGUUGAUUACGUUAGCGCAAAUUCACAUCUGUCUAGAAUGCAUGUUAUUUAUUGAGACGCAUCUGGAAUGUCCCAUUGAAAGUUUGCAGAGUCUGUUUGCUUACGCUUACAAAGAGUUUGUUUCCACACAAUCUCCUUUACAGCAUCAUACUGAACUUUGCAACCAAAUUUUUACUUUUACUGCGUCUCUACCUAAUAAGUUAGCUAAUGAGUUAAACAAGAUUAAUCCCUCUGUAGUGAGAGCUUCUGUUACAUCUCAUUCUGCCGCAUCAAAACUAACGACUACGACCUAUUACAACAAAAUGCCUAUUUUUCCAACAAAUAUAUAUUCUAUUUCUGGUAAAGCAAACAACAAACUCAAAAAUAUAAAACUAAUAAAAAAUAAUAAAUUGUGCUAUAUAAUAAAACUAAAUUCUACUAACUUUAUUCUAUUUUCUUUCUUCAGAUGAUGAAAACAUACAGGAGGAAAUAGUUCACGGUAUAAGCGCAGUAACCUCAUCGGCGACGUAUAGAAAACUAUGAGAUGUACUGCUCUUCAAGAAAUUUCAAAAAACAAAAAUUUCAGAAUUGGUGCAAUUUUAAAUAAAUAGGACAUAUAGGAUGCGUGAUGUAAUUGAACGUUUAAUUAAUAAUUAAUAAAAUAAAAGUUAUAUAUAUAUAAAA